AUGUCUGACACCACUGACGACGCCAAUAAUCCCAAUAAUUUGAUGUUGAAAUUUCAAAAACUUCAAUCUGAAACCAAUGAGAUUCAAUCGAUAUUUUCCAAGCAAUCUUCAUUCGACGCGACAAGUCUCUCUGGAAAUAGAAUGCUUAAAGAUUUCUGUGAAUCGAUGAGAAAUCAGCAGAAUGAACAAAAUAAGUUCAAUGAAGAACUUCUGAAGACGAUGAAAGAUCAGAAUACAGAACUAACAAAUCGGCAGAACGAACAAGACAAGUUCAUUGAAGAGAAUUUUAAAACUAUGAGAGAUCAGAAUAGUGAACUGAAAAAUCAGAAUAGUGAACUGAAACAUCAAUCUGAGCAAGUGUUGAAAGAGAUUCGAUCGAUAAAAUCAGAUUUGGAAGAAUCGAAGAAACAACAUUCAUUAGAGAUACAGUCAAUGAAGAAAUUGAUGAGUGUUCCGGAUUCAGUUGAUUCAUCGUUACUUCCAGAUACUCCAGUGAAUAAUGAUACAUCAGCAAGUGUCACUGGAAAGGAAUUUAUACUCAAACACGUUUUCGAAAAUGUUUCAGAAAUCGGAGCGAGCCCAGUUUACAGCGAAGAAGAGGAACAUUUCAAUAUUCCGUGCUUUGUUUCAAAUGAAGGAACGAAAAAGAGUCGAGAAUUUUCCCACGAGUUUGGUACUAAAAAUGGAAAUACAAAGUUCACUUAUACAGGAUGGAAUAAAUUUGUUGACUGGGAAAUCUUGGAAAAGGACUAUGUACGGGAUGGAAAAUUAAGAGCAGAAAUUCGUGUCAAAAUCACAAAUACAAUUGGAUUAUAUGGAAAAACAUUGAGAAAUUUCGAUGAAAGAAAUAAAGCAUUUUCGGAUGUUGUGAUUGUAGUCAAAGAUACAAAAUUCUAUGUAUUUAAGUUGCUUCUUGUUGCCCAAUCUGCCUACUUCAAGUCGCUUCUAUCAGAGAUAUCUCCGAACGCAGAGAUAGAACUCAGUGAUAUCGAACCCGAAGAUUUCCAGGUCUUUUUGGAAGUUUUGUACGGAGAACCAGCUAUCAAUGAAAAGACAGUGGAAGUUGUUCUAUACAUGGCGGAGAAGUACGAUACACAUGCUGUUACAAAGAAGUGCGAAGAAUUUCUUAUCGAUGAAUCUAGGAAGAAAAAGAAGAAGAAAUUGCAGUUAGCGACCAAGUACAAGUUGGAGAAAUUGAAGAAACACUGCUUCGACAAUAUCAACACCGCCGCUCUGUGA